AUGUUUUUUCUUUUUGAUUUAGGAAAAAAAGAACAAUCUCAGGUUAAAUCAUCAGAACAAUCAUCAAAACAAGAUAAUCGUGAAGAACUACGAAAUAAACAAAUAAAUUUACCUUUAUUUCGUUCACAAAAUUGGUGUCGAACAACAUCAUUAACACUUGAUCCAUAUGAAGAACAAUACGCUAUUAUCUAUAAAACUGAUGAAUCGGAUUUUGAAUUAGAUGAUGAUGAUGAUAUUGAUAAAAUUCUUAUUAUAACACCAACACCACCAUCAAAUCGUAAACAUAAUCAACAAAAUCAUGAUCGUACAGGUGAUUAUACACCAAGAGCUCAAGUAUCAGCUGAAGUAGCAAAAAUUAUUGAUGAUGGUUUAAGAUGA